AAAAAUUCACAUCUGGAGCUGGAGGUGAGACCAUAGGCCAGGUGUGGAGUACCUAUAAGAACGUCAAGUCCCACUAUGCCAUCCGCCCUUUUCUCCCCCUUUCGUUUCUCUCUCUCACUCUCUAAUUCGCCAAUGGACCCUCCACCACCCCCUCAACCGCCGCCUGCUCCACCCCUCUCCACUACCACUGCCUCCGCCACCGCCACCAACACCACUACCACCACCCUGCCCCCUCACCUUGCUACCAAUACCUCCGCCCCAACCUACCCUGAGUCCAUCGACUCCUCCCCGCGCUCCCGCACCACAGAUUCUUACUUCGAUGACCCGCCUCCCCUCUCCUCAAAGCUCCGCCUCAUGUGCUCCUACGGUGGCCACAUCGUUCCUCGCCCCCACGACAAGUCGUUGUGCUACGUUUGCGGCGACACACGCAUCGUUGUUGUCGACCGCAACACUACUCUCCCUUCUCUAUCGUCUCGUCUUUCGAAUACUCUGCUCAACGGCCGUCCUUUCACUCUCAAGUAUCAGCUCCCCAGCGAGGACUUGGAUUCCCUUAUUUCCGUCACUACCGAUGAGGAUUUGGACAACAUGAUCGAUGAGUAUGACCGGACUAAUAAUAACGCUACCAAUUCUUCCAAACCAUUGAGGCUGCGUUUGUUUCUGUUCCCGUUGAAGCCGGAAUCCUCGCAGUCUAUUGCGCCGAUUUUGGAAAAUAGUGCCAAGUCCGAAGACUGGUUCUUCAAUGCAUUGAAUGGGGCUACUGCGUUGUUGAAUAGAGGGUUUUCUGAUUCAGCUUCGGUCAAUUGCUUGCUGGGACUUGAUGAUGAUGGCCUAAAUGGGAAUAAUAAUCUUGAUUUAGUUGGUGGUGGGGUUCGAGAUGUGGAGGGGUUGCAGAAGAAUGCGAAGCAAGGUCAGGAUGUCCAUUCUGUGCCGGAUUCUCCGAUGUUGGAGACUACGUCAUCAUUUGGGUCUACUUCUUCUUCGCCUUCACUUGCGAAUUUGCCUCCGAUAAGAGUACAUGUAGAGGAUGGUGGUGGUAGUGGUGGAGGUGGAGGGGUUAGAGGGGUUGUGCAGGAUCAGAAGGUGGUGGGUAUUGAGGAGCAGUUUGCUCAGAUUAGUGUUAGUGGUGGUAGUGGAGUUGUUGGGCAGAAGCCAGAUGAGGGUUUUGCGGUUCUGUCAUCGCCGCCGCCGAUGCCAGUUUCUAUUGCCCUAUCGGGUGUGCCCGUAGGCUCUCCGGUGGUGGUUGGUGAGUAUCAGAAUCGAGUUUUUUCUGACGAUGAGAGAUCGGACCAUGGGGUUCCAGUUGGUUAUAGAAAGCCGCCGCCACCUCAAACACAGCCACAGACACUGGCUCCUCAGACACAACAGAAGUCAAGUGGUGGUGGUAGUGGCGGAGCUUUUGAUUUAGCUUCUCCAGAUUCAGUUUCAAGUGAUAGUAGCCUUAGCAAUGCUAUAAAUCGACAAAAACCCAUGAUUUAUCAAGAUCAGGUCGUGCAAAUCCCAUCUGGAGUCAGCAGGGUUCCUGCUAAUCCUGUGGAUCCAAAGCUCAAUGUAUCUGAUCCCAAUCCUCGGGUUCAGAUUCAACAACAGGUUCCGGAUUCUGGGUAUGUAUUCCAACCCCAAUUUGAACAGCAGCAGCCGCAACCACAACAAUUCAUACAAACUGGUGCUCAUUACAUUCAACAUCACCCCACAGGGGCUGUGCCUAUCUCAGCAUUUUACCCUGUGUAUCCUCCCCAGCAGCAACACCAUCGCCAGUAUCAUCACCAGCUUGAUCAGCAAUACCCAGUGUAUUAUGUACCAGCAAGGCAAACCCCAGCUUAUAAUAUGCCUGUGCAGCAAUCUAGUAUCAGUGAACCCACACCUACUGUCCCUUCUACCCGGCCCCAAACAGCUUCCAAUCCCACCUUGGGGCCUCCUCCAGCAACUUAUAAUCCCAUGAGAAAUGCCCCUGUUACUAAACCUGAAAUGGCCAAUGCAGGCAUGUAUAGGACAGCAGCUACUGGUACACCACAAUUAGUUCAAGUCCCUCCUAGCCAGCAUCAACAGCAGUAUGUUGGCUAUUCUCAAGUUCAUCACCCCUCUCAGUCUCUUGCUCCUACCUCCGCCAGCCCUGCUAAUUAUGCUUAUGAGUUUGCAGACCCUGCUCAUGCCCAGAUAUACUAUACUCAGCCUCUUGCACCAACAAUGGCUGCUCAUUACCAAACUAUGACUACAGCUGCUGCUGUAGUAUUGCCAGAAACUUCUGCUCAGCUUCCCACUGAUAACACCAAGCAGCAGAUUAGAACUUCACAGCCAAUUUAGGCCCAUCAACAAAGAAGUCGAAGAAACAAUUUUGAAAGAAUGGCGUGCUUUGCAUCUUUAAUUUUCUGUUUAGCAUCUGUCUUUCUAUUGGUAUUGGUUUUUGUGGUUUUGCAUUUAUGGUAGAUAAUAAGAAACUCUGCUCAUCUUUACCCCUUCUUGUAUGUCAUAUUGUUACUGUCAUAGGAAAUGAAAAGAGUCUGGGAUUAUACUGUAAAAGCUUAAACUUCAUAUAUUGUGUGCUGUGCAGUUCAUAUAUCAGUUAAUAAAUGUUUUUGUAAGUGGUAAGAUCUUUCAAUCAAAUCUGUCUCAGUUGAUUCAUGAGUAA